AGAUAGGUGGUGUAUGUGUAUAAAUAUUUUUAUCUGUGUUUUAAUAAUUAAAUCAUUAUUAUUAUUAAAUUGAAUUAAACUAGAGUGGUAAACUGCUAAGUAGCGUUUGUGUGUUUUCUCUUGUUUAGAUCACUGGUCAAUUAGCUAAGUCAAGUCAAAUAUGGGCACAGCAGCCCGAAAAAUUUUUCAUUUCAUUGCUGCAGUUCAUUUUUGGUAUGGUUGUUACUACGAUUGGAAUUAUGUUAUAAUACCAGCUAAUGUGCAUCGCAUGGGCCAGUCCUUUGGUUUUAGCGGAAAACUAAAAUUUUUAACAUACUGGGAUGCGAUUCUACAAGGACUGUUUUUUACCAUAUGCCUUUUGAAUGAUUUUAUUGGCACCAAUGAAAAUUUACCAAAGAGAAGUCCAAUCAUCAGAAGAGUCCAAGAUAAGCUACUUGCGAGCCUUGCCUUUCCAUUGGCAAUGUUCGUGGGAUUGACUUUCUGGGGCAUCUACUUUGUUGAUAGAGAAUUGAUACUGCCCAAAGCCAUAGCUCCAUAUUUCCCAGAGUGGCUGAACCACUUGAUGCACACGAAUAUUAUGAUCUUCAUUUUGAUAGAAAUGUUUACUUCUUUUAGGAAAUAUCCGUCUAGAAGGCAGGGUUUAGGCAUAUUGGCAUUUGUUAUGUUGGCGUAUCUGAUAUGGUUGAACGUCAUACAUUCCUAUACCGGAUUUUGGGUUUACCCUGUAUUGGAGGUACUCAACUUACCAAUGAGAAUUGUGUUUUUUGCCUCUCUUUUCGGUUUUGUGGUUUUGAUGUAUGUUGCAGGAGAAAAAUUGAAUAAUUCUAUAUGGCGAAAUCAGUUCAAGGUUAUGAAGAAAUCAUAGAAAAAAUAUCUUCCAAGGAGUAGUACAAAAUGAUUGGAAGCUAGUAGGUAGAGAAUGGGGAAGACCACUGAUUUUUUAAAACGACAUUAUCGUGAACUCUAUACUGAAAAACUACCAGUGAAUUAAUUUUGAAUUUUUUCAUUCAUGCUAAGACGAUGAAAAAAAUAAAUUAGUAUAAAUGUCCAUUUCAAAACACACAAUUCCUGCGCCAUUUGAAAUUUCAUCAAUUCAUUGGUGUGACUGGUGCGACGUCUUAGUCCCAACACGCCUAUUGUCCUUGAACUGACCAAUUACACUGCAACACUGCAGAAUGACGAGGUAUCAGAGAGAGAUAGCUACAGUUCGGGACUAAUACGUCACGACUCCACCAUCAAAUUUGGCUGUUUGAAAUAUCGAAUGAAAUAUGCUGAUUUCAAAACGAUAUAGAUUCGAUUCCCUUCAACUUCUACUCAUAAUAUUGAUUGUACAUAAAAUGUAAAUCAUGAUUCGUCGAUUGAAAGAGGUUUGCACGGAUUUUUUCCCUCAGUGGUCUUCCCCAUUGCAUUUAAAUUUUGUAGGUUUUGGAUGUUUUUAUAUUGUGGAAUUUUAAUAUAAUAUAACCAAAAAAAUGAAAACAAAUUUGUGAUAUUUUCAGUCUACUUAUUGUUAGGGCAAAUGAAAUUAUUUUAGGAGAAAACGAAAAUUAUAUGAAAAAAUCUGAGCUAACAAUCUCAUUGAAUUGAAUUCAAGAAGAUCUGAGUACGUUCCAUCAGAAACAUAAUCAGAGUAAUAAUGUAUCCGUAUUUUGUAGUUGAAAUGAAACCAAAUAAUUGUUCAAAUUUGAAUGAUUCAAAUUAAAUUUUCAAUAAUAGGUGCAA